UUUUUAUGAUUAAAGUGUUCGGAAACUCUACACUAAGUGAAAGCCUUAUGACUUGGGUGUUCCAUUGCGUCGCUACAAUUUCUGUUCGCUGUGUCACUUCAGUUUUCUUUGGAACUUAAGAGGUGCGUGAAGAAACUAGGGGUUCCUACGAUUCAAGAUAAAUGGAUAUGAGAAGAACAGCAAGUGUUUUUAUGAUUUGGAAUGCAAUCUGUGUAUACGUUGACAGCUGUACAUUUCCUUCCGUUUUGGAAGGUAAAACGUGGGAGGAUUCUGAUAAAGGCCAACCGGUCACAUUCUCUGGAAGCGAUAUGUUAGGUUGGAACGUUUCUGCAUUCUCAACUGUAAUGAACCAGUGGGAGUGCUUGUUCAACCAGAACGACAUCAUUGUUUCUAAAUCAAGUUUUGUUUUUGGACUUCCCUUUGCACCCCCGGUGACUUACUAUGUAUAUAUCUGCAUGUGGAUCGUCUCUCUGGAUUCGGACAAAUUCAUCUACUACCUUUUGGCAGAUUUUAUAUCGGACCUCAAUACGAGAGCUUAUAGAAAUACCGAGGAUAACCUGGGACCGUGCCAUGUGUGUAAGCUCUCCCUCUCCCUGGUCCCCGCGGAUGCAAAAGUCAUGACGUCCACCGGAAGUCCAUCUGAAAUAACUAUUCCGCCACAAUCCGGGCCUUGCAGUGGGUGCUCCUGCAUUCCGUCUUCGACUAGUUCGAGCACAACUAGCACAGAGUCCGGACAGCAAAGUUCGAGCACAACUAGCACAGAGUCCGGACAGCAAAGUUCGAGCACAACUAGCACAGAGUCCGGACAGCAAAGUUCGAUCACAGUUAGCACAGACUCCGGACAGCAAAGUUCGAGCACAACUAGCACAGAGUCCGGACAGCAAAGUUCGAGCACAACUAGCACAGAGUCCGGACAGCAAAGUUCGAGCACAGUUAGCACAGACUCCGGACAGCAAAGUUCGAGCACAGUUAGCACAGAGUCUGGACAGAAAAGUUCGAGCACAGUUAGCACAGAGUCUGGACAGCAAAGUUCCAGCACAAGUAGCACAGACUCUGGGCAACAAAACUCGAGCACAGUAAGCACAGGUUCGAAUCAAGCUAAAGAGCCUGCAGACGGUUUCAACACAGUUUUUGUAGCUCCCAUAGUGAUAGGAAUAUCAGUCUUGAUUGCUGCUGUUGUGUCGGUUAUUCUUUUCAAAUCUAAAAAGAGGAAAUCAAAAACUGGUGCGAAGAAGAUAAACGUGUGUACAGCAUAACAUUUAUGUUGACUUGUCGCAUCCGAAACAUACACAAGCUGUUUUGUAGCUUUUGAUGAUGUUUAAGUGUUGGUGAAAAAGACUACAAGUAUUUAAGUAUAAUUGAUUUGAUAAAGCAUGUUUGUUGAAUUGAAAUUUUAAAACUAGUCGUUAAAGCUCCCGAAUGUCUCAACAUUAACUAAAUACAAUGUCCCAGGUGAUAAUCCCAGUGCAGUUAUGGCUUUUGUAUCUGUAUCAAUUGGCGUUUUAUAAAGCAUACAUUUAAUAACAAAAUAUAUCUUUUUGGCCAGCAAAUAUAUGACCAUUUUUGUUCAAUUUACAUGUAAAUAUGUCUAACCUUACAGAUAAGAUAUAUACUUACCUUGAAAAAAAAAUGUUUUUCCCCCGAAAAAAACAACAAACAAUAGGGAAGAAAUAAAAUUCCUAAAGGAUAUAAACACUAAUCCCAUAAAAAAAUAAAUUUGACCUACUAUUUGACGGAAGUAUUUUCUGUAAUAUAAUUUGGACCAGUAGCUUUCUUAUGGAUAUAAAUUUUCCGACCAAACUUUGAAACUUGAUUCAAAUCUGCAUUUCCAAAGUGAUUCAUUUAAUUCUAAAAAAAAAAAAAAAAGUUUAAAUGUCUUAAAUGAAAAUCAUUGCUACCACAGAUUUUUUUCCUUUCAAAGUGAAUAUUUUAAUGAGAACAUUUAGAUAUAUAUUAUCUGACGGCUCGGACAGAACUGUUGACGUUUACUCUAUAAGCAACGGCCAACUAUGUGACGUAUUUUCUAAACUUUCAUCUUUGACGUAUGCAAAAAUGCGAUCUUUGCACUGACAUAUUAAUCCAACUCGAUGUUUAAAGCUUUCAAUCUUUAAAUGUAUGUGUAUGUACAAUUGUACAUUGUAUAUGGUAAUGCCUAUCAAUAAAACU